AUGAGCCGCACCUUCGCUAGGGGACUUCAAACCACCUCCAGGGCGCUUGUCCAGUUUACUGGCACCGUUAGUCCUAAUGACAUUCUGGCCAGCAAUGGCCCUGCAGGCGGGGCAUGGGAAGCGGCGACCAAGAAAGUAUGCGAUGCGAUAGAGAAGGCUGAUCCACGAAUUUCAAUGGCCAAUAUCCAGUAUGGCGUUGCCUCUACCGCCCCUAUUUCAGUUAAAUUUACCAAACUGUUAACGUGGUUUUCUAGGGGGGCCAGAGCACACUUGUCCUCCAAGGAUAGGAGUGAUCGUCAGCUGGUCAUCACGGUAGGCCUCGCUACGAACUCUGGGACACGAGUCGGUUCAGUCCAUGUGCAUGUCGAUGGUACCUUUAAAUUCUUUCCCUCUCGUGCUGGAAGGGAGGGUGGAUACGAAGACAAUAUUCUGCGUGCUAAUAUUGAGGGACACAUCCAAAAUUUGGGAAACGAGCCUUCUGAUGAAGCCAUUGAGAGAAGUCCAGCAAGGGGCAACGAGUAA